GCCCUGGCUCUGUGCGCGGUACCGGCCUGUGGUGCGUGCGGUGAGGGACGGAACCGGAGAUGGUGGGCUCCAGCGAGACCGAGAAAGAGUCGUGGCGGGGCCGCUACUACCGGCUGGAGGAGGUGCAGAAACACAACAAUAGCCAGAGCACCUGGAUCAUCAUCCACAACCGCAUCUACGAUGUCACCAAGUUCCUGGACGAGCACCCAGGAGGUGAAGAGGUCCUUAGGGAGCAAGCUGGGGGAGAUGCUACUGAGAACUUUGAAGAUGUUGGCCAUUCCACAGAUGCAAGGACACUGUCAGAAUCCUUUAUUAUUGGGGAACUUCAUCCUGAUGAUAGAUCCAAGCUUCAGAAACCAGCAGAAACUCUUAUUACCACUGUUCAGUCUACUUCCAGGUACAGUAUGACAUCUGAUGUCAAACUUGAAGUUCCUCAUAAUUUUCUGAAGUUCGUGGUCCAACUGGGUGAUCCCAGCAAUAGCAGCGAUUAUCGUGGCCCUGAUGUAUCGUUCCUACAUGUCGGAGUAAGCGCCUUACUGAGAAGUGAUGCAAGAAGAGAAUACCUUCUCUGGAAGAAAAUAUAAGCAAUCCUAACCCAAUAUGUUCCUGGAGAAAAGCCUGAUGUCUGAAGAAAAAUUCAAGUUUUUCAGAAAAUGAAACAAUUCUUUUUCUGCUGUGCACUUUUCUUAAUGUUGCCUUCUUAUAUGCUGCUGUGAAGUGAUAAAAAGGCACCAUUUCUCUUUUUGUAUAACACUUUUAUUCUCUAAUGAGUUACUUGAUAACUGUAUUGGUUUCUGUGGUAGAAUAUUAUUUUGUAUGUAACACUGAUUCUGGUUAUUUCUCUUUAAUCUGUAAUAGGGUUAUUAGGACUCUCUUUACUUAGAGAUUUUACAGCUUUAAGAAACUACCAAAACUGUGUACAUGUACACAACUUAACUUAAAAAAAAAAAUCAUGUUGUCUUUUUAAAUGUAGUAUGAAUGAAAUGCAAGUUAAAUGUAAUGAGUAAAACUGAGUGGAGUUAUAGGUGCCUGGAAGUGGAUUGGGCCCUACCAAUCAGCUAUAAUGAGCUGGUUUUUUUUCCAUUUUUUUUUGACAACUGCUCUUAUAGUUUUUGUAGGUACUCCUACUAGCAAACUAUUCUUUGUCUCCUGUUGAAAAAUUCAGGUGAAAUGAAACUCAAUGUUUGGCCUAAUUAUCUCUGUCUCAUUUUUGUGAAAAAAGGCAGAAAAAAGUAACUGCUACUAAAUAGUACUGUUCCUGCCAAACACUCAGGUGACUGUAGAAUUCGUUCUGGAACUUUAGCCUUCGAUAAAAUCUUCAGCUUUGUCAAGUACAUUGUGAGGGGAAAAACUGAUAAAUUAAAUCCAUUUCUGACUCUUCUGUUAUGUGCUUUGGUGCUUUACUAUGAAGAGGCAACUGUUUUUACUGCUGAAUACAUGAUAACUAUAAGUUUGCAUUUUGUAGUGAACAUUUUUAGUCAUAUGUAAAUGAUCAUGAAUAAAAGUUUAAUUGGUUACA